AUGUUUGUAAAAUAAUCUUAUCAUACUACACGAUUUACCACCUAAUUUGAUGAAUAAACUAUUGUGGAAUUAAGAGAAUCCUCAAAAUUAAAGCAUUAUCGAAUGAUGACAUCAACAAGUUUAAAUUAAUCUAAACGUCCCUUUAUUCAUACAAAGUCAAUUCCUAAAUCUCUAAUUGAUGAAGGUACAUUAAAAUGUUGAAUUCUAUAUUUAGGAUUCAGAUCUAAGAGUAUCCUUUAUCAUAUGUCACUACUCUCUAAUGAAGUUAAAAUGAAGACUAGACCAAGUAGAAGAGAAAGAGAAAGGACAAUAUUAUUCACAGAUAACAUGGAAUUAUAUCAUCACAAAUCAAUCAAAAGAAUCAAAGAAAUGAGUAGACGUAAGAGUUGCUCAUGUGAUGGAUGUGGGCCAAAGACAAGGUUUGAAAGAAAACAUGAUGAUUUUGAAGCAAGAACACAAUAAGCGAUUAGUUCUGAUUUGAAGUUACUGUAAUUUACUAGAGCUGGUCAAAAGAAAAAACAAACUAUUAUCAAAGAAAUUAAAUUGAAAUAGAUUAAUGAAAAGAAAUCCAAGAUAUCCUAAGAAACAACAAACCAUUCAUAGAUCUAACUUAAUUUACCAUCAACAAAAAGAGAUAGUUUGUAAAUUGAAAAACAAGAAACCGAAAGAAAUAAACUUAAAACUAAAGUUGACCUCCUAAGAAUGCUACCUUCGAUAAAAAGCAUUGUCUCUCUCACUAUACUAAAAUAAAUCUACAUAGGAGGAAGAUAACAAUAAUAAAUGAUAUUUAGAAAACCAUCUCAUGAUGCAUUGAUCAUAAAAACUUAUAGAAUAAAGUGA